AUGGAGGAAGCGAAGAACAUGGCGUUGCUGUUCUUUAUGGAUCAUCUGAUGCAAAAGAACGGCCGACGAACGAUUCACGAUCUGAGCUGUCAAUUCGGUGCACGCGGUUUCUCAGAAGAGAUGCGAAAUGCGGUCGGCACCACCCAGGAGGGCCUUACCGAGUUUCUUCAGCAGCACCCAUCCCUCUUUACCCUAGAGGGAGAUCAGGUGAUUCUGAAUGGCUUCGGCGAUAUCACUGCGAAAAAUAAUCCGCUUUUGCAAUCGGCGUCAAGAAAUCGUGACUACGAGAAGGAAGCUGUGGAAUUUUUCGUGAUGAAGCUCACUAAAUUUGGACCCGAAUUACAG